AUGUCCGCCAACUACAUGCGGAGCUUCUCGGAGGGAUGUCUCAGGCCACCAACGGCAUUUGGCCAAUUCCACACUCUUUUCUUUGGCUCAGUUCGUAUGUUUUUCCUUGGUGUUUUGGGCUUUGCUGUUCAUGGAAAGGAGGUCUUGCAUUUCAGCUGUGACCCAGACAAGAGAGAGGUUAAUCUUUUCUGUUACAACCAGUUCAGGCCUGUAACUCCUCAGGUAUUCUGAGUGUUACAGCUGGUGAUUUUACUGGUACCUGGAGCCUUUUUUCACCUUUAUGCUGCGUGUAAGAGCAUCAAACAGGAAGAUAACCUCCAAAAGUUGUUCUACGCUGGUUUUUAUAUCUUCUCUGCUUUCUUAAGGAUUAUCCUUGAAGCUGUGGCUCUUUGGCAUCAGAUUCAGCUCUUUGGUUUCAAAGUGAAUGCAAUCUACAUGUGUGAUGUGGGAGCACUUGAAAAAAAGUUUAACAUUACCCGAUGCAUGGUGCCAGAGCACUUUGAAAAGACAAUUUUUCUUAUUGCAAUGUACACGUUUACUGUGAUUACAGUGGUCUUGUGUGUUGCCGAAAUUUUUGAGAUCUCAUGUAGAAGGCUAGGUUUCUUAAAAACUCAGUGA